AUGUUGAUCCAAGGCCUGUCGCCGGGCGAACUUCCUAAAUCUGAUGAUAUACUGCACUUUUUCCUCACUCCCGGCCAUAAGAGUGUCUACGAUCUAGUUUACGCGGCUGAGCGGUUGACUUUGCUGACAACAAAAGACAAUAAAGCCAAGCUCGUGAGCCUUCGAGUGCUUGGUUAUCUAGUUCUUCUUGCUCCAGGGCCAGAUCAUAAGGCACUUGCGGAGAUUGCUACUGCUGUGAGAACCACAGACUUGAGUGAUUUAUAUGUCUUGGGGGAAAUUUAUAGCGAUUGUUUUGUCCGUUCCUGUGAGUUGUACCGCAAUAUUCAAGGUACGCUCACUGACAUACUUUUAGUCUAUAAGGUUAAAGGUUCUCAAACUCCAUUCACCCCAAGCCAUCCCAGUCGCCCAUCGUUUGAUGCUCGUGUUCAAGAAAUCAAAGCAACUAUACUUCAGGCCCCAAAAAAUCAUUCCGAGGCCAAAGAUAAAGCUCUUGUACGUGAUGGUUAUCGCUGUGUCGUCACUGGAACAAUCGAUACAGAGUGCAAAGGUUUUUUCGAUCUCACUGAGCUCAAGAAAUCCGGUACACUUCGAACAGAGUGCGCUCAUAUCAUACCAGAAGCUACGUACUUCGGUUUGGAUAAAGGAAAGACGGUAUGCCAUUACUCGGCAUCAGUUCUAGCAGUGUUCGACCGCUUCGGGGUUCAGUUUGACAAAUUGAACGAGGGGAACAUCCAUAGUUUAUGGAAUGUUAUGACUUUGGUUCAGCCAAUUCACGACUCUUUCGAUAGGCUAGAACUUUGGUUUGAAGCCACAGUGAGCAUACUCCUUUACGCCUUGACGGUUUUCUCAUCGUUCCACGAAUAUUUCAUCAAAACAACUGAUGAAACCAACCGACUAUUGUCAGAAUUAAACGGGCCUAUCACGCUAACAUCCUCCGACCCCAAUGUUCCUCUUCCAGAUCCGAAGCUCCUUGCUUUCCAUGCUGCAGCUUGUAGAGUUGCAUAUCUCUCUGGUGCCACUGAGUAUAUGGAGGAGAUACUGAGAGAUUUCGAACGCUUGAAUGUAUUAGCAGAGGAUGGAGGGUCUUUGGCAAUUCUGGAACAUGCCUUUUUCCAGGCAGGAUUGGUUCGAGUUGAGGUUUAG